GGCGGCUGCAUGUCGGACGAUAGCGGGCGGCCGUCUGACGAUGACACGAGACUGGGCGGGGCGGGCUACCACCCGACGGGUGUCCUGACGUCUGCCGCCGUGCUUAGUGUGUGAUGUGUUCACCACAUUUUGUGACUAGAGAUAAUUGUUUUGUAUUAUUCGUAUGGAUAAAAUGGCUGCCAAUACCGCGCGUAACUUGCAACGGUGAAUUCGAAGGUUUGGACCUGUCAUUUGUCUCCGAACCUUGUCCCCGACUCUGACGAUAUGGACACAGUAUGGCCCCAGCAUACCGGCACACCUCAGGGAGAAGUUUUGUUCUGUCGAUCUUCUGCUUACAAGCUAUUUGUAUUCAUAUUACAAGCGAGUGCGACCAGACUUUUGUGAGUAGACAAGGAGGUCCAUUAAACGGCACAUUCCACGCUCCAGAAUAUCUAAAUCCAAAGGGACAUUCACGACAGUGCGUUUAUAUUUUCGUUGCUGGACCAGGACAUCGCGUUGAGGUGGUUUUCACCUCGUUUAAAUUACGUGGAGCCCCACCCGAUGGGGCAGCCGGAGAAAUCCCUCCCUGUAUCCACGAGUACAUGGACGUGUACUCUGAGGUGGUGCAGCCGGAUCCAGCAGAGUUGAUCAACUCCCCUUUUGGAGGACGUUACUGUGGACCCAUUUCACCGAGACGUCGGAUUUCGCUUUAUCGCGCCAUCGCCCUCAGUUUCUAUUCGGAUAAGAACAACUCGACGCCCGAUCUCUUCACUGGCAGAUAUUCCUUUAUUAACGAUUCUGAAUACGAAGUGGGUGUACCGGUAGCGAACACUCCUUGUAGCUUUCUUAUUAAAGGGGCAGUUAAACCAACAGGACUCAUAAUGUCGCCUACUUAUCCGGGUGCCUAUCCAAAGGAUAUUACAUGUACAUACCAAUUCCUUGGUACGCCUGGACAACGGGUGCGAUUGGAGUUUCGAGAUUUUGACUUGUUUUUUGGUGGACCGCACUGUCCCUUCGAUUACGUAAAAUUGUACGACGGUCCAGAUAAUACGUCUGCGGUUAUAGGAACUUACUGUGGUCAACAACGUAACCUGGUGUUAUACUCAUCGGAAGCGUCGUUAUUUAUAUCCUUUGUAACUCUAUCACGCACUGCCAAUACACAAAAUAGAGGAUUUAAAGGAAUGUUUGAAUUCUCAAACUCUUUUACAAAAUUAGAUUUUAUAAGUAAAAAUGAUGGAGAACACAUAAGAGGAUCCGAAUGUGAUCAAAAAAUAUUAAGUAAAAAGGAAUCAAGUGGCUUUGUAUUUAGUCCGAAUUAUCCGUUCCCGUACAUGCCUAAGUUAGUAUGUCGAUAUUUUAUUUAUGGUAUGCAAGAUGCUCAACACCUCGAAAGGGUUCGUCUAGAAUUCGUACUUUUCGAAAUUCCGAAGGGCCCUAAAGAAGAUUGUUCAGAUGGUUACCUAAAAGUAUAUUUGAAAGGGCAAGAAACAACGGAUUCGUACGACAAGUUUGAUCACGAAAUGUGCGGAGACGAAACUAAACCUCAGGUAGUUGUAUCGGAUGGACCUCGCCUUGUAAUGGUUUUUAGUAGUGGUGAACUAAUGGGCAGAGGGUUUAAAGCAAAUUAUACAUUCGAAACAGAAUACCGUAUCCCAGGCACCCCUGCCCCGGACGGUAGUUGUACAUUCACAUACCGUAGUUCGAGCAAGAAAAAAGGAGAAUUUAAUUCGCCCCGUUAUCCUUCAAACUAUCCCAGCGACACUAACUGUACAUAUUUAUUUCUCAGCACCCCCAAUGAACAAGUUUCAAUCGUAUUUGAUAACUUCAAAGUACGUGCGGAUGCGGCGAACGGUACAUUUGGCUCCUAUGGAGUUAACGUAUGCGAGGAAGAUUGGCUAGAAAUUUACAAUACUUACCGCGACGGCACUGAAAAGGCAAUUGGGCGAUAUUGUGGCAUGACAGCACCGGGUCCAAUUGAAUCAAAUCGCGGCGCAAUCGGCCUAAAGAUUGUGCUACACGCAAACUCUGAAGGUGUAUAUAGCGGUUUUAAGGCAAGAUACACGUUUGAAACCGCCAAAUCCAUUUUUGGGGAUUGCGGUGGAAACAUGAGUAGUUUAGAGUACGGCGUAAUUUCUAGUCCAAAUUUUCCAAGCAAUUACGAUGGGCCUAGUAGAGGACAAGCAUCCAAAAUAUGUAAUUGGUACGUUACGGUGAAACCGAAAUGUAAAAUAUUGAUCAAUUUUGAACGGUUUGCCGUCGAAGGAGAUCCUGAAAGUCGAGGCUGCCCCGCGGCUGUUUUAAGGCUUUGGUUGAACUUAUCGGAGACUCCUAAGGAGAUGUGCGGAGAAAAAAGGCCCGCUAGCAAGUGGGAGUAUUUGUCGCAUUCAAACGCCAUUAGACUAAGUUUUAUAACUGCCGAUAAAGCCGUGGGUUCCCAGGGGUUUAGAGCGGUGUGGACUGAAGUGGAAGAGACUGAUGAUUGCACGGAGUUUCAAUGCGCCAAAAGCGGCCAUUGCAUACCAAAGAAGCUCAAAUGCAACCUCGUAAACAACUGUGGGGCUGACGACGAUUCUGACGAAGCCGACUGUGGAUCAGAAGCACCAAAAGAAGAUCAUACAAUAGUGACUGCCUGUUCGAUAGGCAUAAUCGUGGCGCUACUUUUAAUACUGUGCGUGUUGUGCCAUCGAAAACGGCGACGACGUCAAAGGCCACAUCAACGACCGUUUCCGUUACCAGUUCCUGGCGGUUCAGCACGAAGGCCACCUCAACACGUGUGCGAAGAGUUAGGAGAACGUUUCGCUAGUGUUGACAGUGUUUGAUGGUGGCUUCCUUUCGGUUGUUAUCGUUACUGCCGUCGUCAGCAAUAUUAUACACUAACAGGGUCGAAAAUUACUUGAAACCGUAUUUAUAUUAAAGUAAAUGUUGGCUUAUUUUCAUUGUCUUUAAGAAGCUAUUGACAACGCUAAUAAUAAAAGAUAUUUCUACUCUCGGCAUCAACUUCCUUAGGACAUUUACUAGAUUUAAUACGACAAUCGAGAAACGCUUUCAAUUAGACGAUUACACUAAAGUGUACAAACAGGGUAAUUUCAUUUUUGUGCAGUUUUGGUACGCGGCUGGAGCUUAUUUUUUAAAGACUAGUGAAACGUUACACUCAAAUCUUAGCAACAGAUUUGUCAUUUACCUAGCAAUAGAUACGCCACCAAUGGAUUUUCAGUUUCAUGUGGAUUAAGAAGCGGAGAGUAGAGAAAUAAUGGUUGAUUGGACAAUCAUGAACAAUGUAUUGCUGGCGGCUGGCAUAGAUCCGUCUUCAGCAAAACAUGUGCAGUCAAUAAAUACAUCGGUAUUUCUAAACAAUUUUUAAAAAAAUGUUCACGAUUCCUGGUUUAAUAUAACAAUAAUAAUAAAAUGAUUUAGAAUACGAUAUUGAUAUUAAUAAUAAUUACUGCGUGUUGUAGUGCGAGGUAUACGUAAGACGUUAUUGUAUUUCCGUGAAACAAUACUUACGCGUGAUGUUAGAUGCACUUAUUGAACCUAGAAAUGUUCCUAGGUCAAUUGACCUUUUAAAAGUAUAAUUAAAAAACGUUGGGCAGAAGAUUUUUGUACGUCGUUUAAUUGUAACACCUCUUAGAAAUCACAACUUCAUUUAUACGUUUUCAAUAAAUAGGUAGAUUUUGCACAUUCGCACAAACGUAUUGAACGGAAGUAUUUAAAAUAUAGAGAGGUUUUACAUGAACCGGCGUUAAAACCUAUAUUAUUAAUAUUUUACACGUGCUGGUGCUCCAAAUUUUAUUUUUACAACGAAUAUGAUUUCUCUGGCACACAAAAAUGAAAAACUAGUGUAGUGAACUGCCAAUGGAGAUUAAACUGUGCAUCUCUAUAAUUCUGUGUGCAAUUUUCGUAGCCGUCGUUAUAAAACAAAUUGAAAUAAACUCUGUAUCUUAUACUGUUUGUUCUUAUAUUGUUAUUAAAACAGUGACUGAUGAGUGCGAUUUAAGAGCAUCAAGGGAAUACGUACGAAUAUUUUAAACAUAUAGUUAUUAUUAAAAUAUGCUCAGUUAAAUUGAUUCUUGACUUCUUGAAUUAGUGUAGGCAGUGUUAUUUUAAAUUACCUACCUAUUACAAUCAAAGUUGACAAUGAACCAUGGCGCUACUCUAAGUAAUUAACGUGUAGAUCAUUACAUUUAUCUUCAUACAUUUUCUCUUCUAAACUCGAAAGAGACGUGCAUAUUGGUCUUGACUUGACAUGUACUUCCCAAAACUUUCUAUUUUUUAACAUAGAUAAUAUAGUUAAAAUUGCAAUGGUCGAUUCGGUUCGAUCUCGCAAUACUAAAUGCCCUUCCGAAAAUUAAAUUAUCGUAUUGCAGAGCCAAUACGCGAAGAAACCUUUAUUUAAAAUGCGUUUGCACCUGUUUUGUAUAGUAGAUAUUCUAUAUAGAUGAUGUUAAAUUUCUGAUCGGGCUUCCUGUAGAGUCUUAAAUAGCGUGUAAUAAUUGAGAAAAUCAAGUGCAUGCUGCUGCACAAAUAUUUUAUGAAUUGCAAAGCACUGUGAGUCAUUGAUAAUUUAACUGAGUAUAAUAUUAUAGCGUGUCUACUAGAAAAUUGUUUCAAUUUUGAACAGUAAAGACAAUUCAAACAUAUUUUCAAUGUAGUUUACUAGUUAAUAAAAUUUCUAUGGUUUUUACUGGCACUGCAGAAAACGUUGUAUGUAAUCAAUUAGGUAAUAUAAAUUAUAGUCGUGAGGCUGAUAUAAACUGAUGGUGUAAAAUAAUCUAUGUAAAACUAACCUAAACGUGUUUGAAAUAAUGCAAUGGCUGAAACACAAUUGAUUAUUUGUUUGGUAGUAACACAUAAAAUGGCACUAACGUUUUGUAAACAUAUAUUAGUUUUUGGAGAAGCACUAACACCAAUUCAUCGAUUUAUGUGUAACAUUGUCUUCCUCAAAUCAGUCAUUGUAUUUUUUUCAAUAUAAAAAUUAUUCGAUAUUUUAGAGAUAGUUAAAAAGAUAUCCUAAUAAUUGCAACGUUAUCAGUUUGCCUUCUUUUAGCACUGCAUUAUUGAACAGACUGUGAGUACCGUAAAUAUCUCAAGAUUACGUUUUUAGAUAUCAGCACUAUUAAUAUACACGAAAAUUAAUGCUUGCAUUACUAAAGACUAAUAUGUAUUGUCUUAAAUAUAAGUUAUUGAAUCAUACAUUUCAUUUUUAAUUACAGACUGUUCAAUAAAUUACAAAUAUUAUAUAGAUAGAAUUUUUAAGUCUAGUAGAUUUUGUUGGAUGCAGUAGCAAAUGCACAAGGUAUCGUAUGAACGGGCCUCGGCCAUUGUUAUUUAGGAUGUAAUAUUAUUUUUAAAGGUAUCUAUUCGCGAUAGAUAUAUUGUAUGUAUGUAUUCAUACAUAAAGCAAUUGUGCAGUAGUGACGGUGUUCGUGUUAGAUACAUAUAGUCAAUCACUAUCAUCACAAAGUAUUCACCUAUCGACUGAUAGAAAAGUUUCAUAGGUUUACAAUAUCUUUUUAAUUAUAUUUCAGUGAAAGUCUCUCAAAACGGGUAUAUUAAAUAUUGUGUAACGUAGACACCUUAUCAACGAAUCAUCCAUAUAAAGAUCCACUCGCAUUUGGAUCACCCAUGCAACUUCAUUUUUUUUUAAUUUUUACCUCAUUACUUUAUCAUAACAUCACACUAUUUUUUUGAGUACUUAUAAUAAUGACGCAACAAAGUUUUCUAUUAGUAGAUAUACUGAGCACCGCGCGGCUUCCAUAUUAAUGAUAAAACACACACGUGCAACUGCACACUUUGUUAACGAUUCUAGAAAAAGCUCAAAAACCAAAAAUGGAGCACAGUACCAAAAGUAUGCGUUUAUACGGCAUUUUAACGAGACAAUUUGUUCACUUUUAGCGUGAAUAGAAAAUAUCCGUACCUAAUUUAAUACGUAUAACGUACUUUUGGUCAAAAAUAUUUAGUAAGUUAAUAACUAUUAUUUUCAGGUCAACGAGGAAUUUGUUGAUUUGUAUAAAACUUUAACCUCGAGUUCUGAAAGUAAUCUUUAUUACAAGGUUACGUAAUUGUACCUAUUUAAGAAAAAAAUUCUCAUCUCAUCAAUAUGUUAUUUGUUAACUUAAAGCUGUUAAGUACUGUUAAGAUUGGUCGCAAAUUGUAAUAUAUUGUAUCAAGAUGCUCACAGCGACUAGCAACGAUAAAUAAAAGUGUAAUCUACUG